AUGAAUUCAUUUAAAUUAUUUAUUGAUAAACUAGAACAAUAUGAACAAUUUCUAUUUAAUAAUAGUUCAUUUUUUUUAAUUCAAAAUUCAAAAUUAAUAACAAUAAGAUAUUUAUUUCGUACGUAUGUUUAUCAAAUUGAUCAACAACAAAUCGAUAAAAUUCCAUUAGAAACAACAUUAUUAUUAUCAUUAUUAUUAUUAAAUUUUGCUUUUGAAAAAGAAUAUUUUUUUUUAGAAUUAAUCAGCUUAUUAAUAUAUUAA